AUGGACGUAAACAACAAAUCUCUAUUGGAUAGUGUAUGCAAUAUCGUAUCGUCUCGUUCAAUAAAUAACAGAGAAAUUAAUUAUGCUAAGGCAUGUUCAGCAAAUAUGUCAGUUGGUAAUGAUUCUGUUUCAAACCGUACAAUACCAUGCGCAGUUUUAAAAUCCAAUUCUUAUGUUGCCAACACUGUCACUGCCGUAUCAUCAGAGAAUUUAAAAGUUGUGUCAUAUGUCAAGCCUAAGGAAAACUGGUACGAUUCAACCGCUCAAAGUUCCCAGUGUGAAUCUCAUGACCAUGAAUUUCAGCCAGUUUUGAACAAAAAAAAAUCCGCUGCUUCUCCCCGGGUAGGCCAAAUGAAUCAGCUUACUCCUAAUUUUAAAUUGAAUAAGCCCUCUAAAGUGUUCGGCACAGAUGCCAACUGCCCUUUAAAGUCUUCUAAGGUAAUCGAAAAAAAAAUUACUUAUUUUAUAGGCAACGUUCAAUCGUGCACUAAAGAUGUCAUUGAAAAUCACUUAAAAUCAAAUGAUAUUGCUUUCACACAUUGUUUCCCAAUUGUGCGUAAAAGAGACCCGAGGUUAAUACAGGUGAUAUUAUCGCUGAAUCGACUGCCUUCAAAAUAA